AUGGUCAGAAAUCGAGUGAGGAAGACAUCUCGCGCAAGCGUGCCAGCCGACGUCGUGCGGCGUGCGGUGGAGGCCGUUCGCCGAGAGGGGCAAACUUUCAGAGAAACAUCUGAGCAGUACCAGAUACCUCUACGUUCAUUGAAAAGGUAUUGCAAGACCUCCGACGAGUCCGGGGACGUCCGAGUAGGUUACGAGAAGCGGCGCCAAGUCUUCGAUGGCAAGCAAGAGGAAGAACUCUCGGCCUAUAUCACGAGGGCGUCCGACAUCUACUUCGGGCUAACUCCAAGGGAUGUGCGAAAGUUAGCGUUCAAAGUGGCCGAAUUCUACAAAUGUGACUUUCCGCCAUCCUGGGCCUCAAACGGUAUGGCCGGCCCCGACUGGUUUUCCGCUUUUCUGAAGCGGAAUCCCAGCUUGUCGAUUCGAGUCCCCGAAGCAACAAGCUUAUCAAGGGCGACAUCUUUCAACAAAACCAAUGUUUCAAGGUUUUUUGACUUGCUUGCCGAACUCUACGGGCGUCAUAAAUUCGGACCAGGCGACAUAUGGAACAUGGACGAAACGGGGAUAACGACAGUGCAAAGACCGGACAAGGUGGUGGCACGUCGUGGAAUCAAGCAAGUAGGAAAGGUGACUUCGGCAGAGAGGGGAACGCUCGUCACGCUCGCCUUGGCCGUUUCCGCGACGGGGAACAAAGUUCCACCUUUUUUCGUUUUUCCCCGAGUCCAUUUCAAGGAUCACUUCCUGCAGUCUGCUCCAGCGGGGAGUAUCGGAUGCGCGAAUCCUUCAGGCUGGAUGAAAGAGGACAAUUUCGUGCAGUUUGUCACACAUUUCGUCAAACAUGCAAAACCAAGCGUGGCACAUCCAUGUUUGCUUCUAUUAGACAAUCACCAAUCGCAUCUGUCCGUCGAGGCUCUCGACUUCCUGCGCGACAACGGCGUGAUUGCCCUUUCGUUCCCGCCACACUGCAGCCACAAGCUGCAGCCGUUGGAUAGGUCCGUGUACGGUCCAUUAAAAAAAUACGUCUACACAGCCAUAGAUGCAUGGAUGAAAAACCACCCGGGAUCGACUCUUACCAUAUAUGAUAUCCCGGGUGUUGUAUCCACUGCACUCCCGAGAGCCGCCAGCGAGGAGAACAUCAAAGCUGGAUUCGCAGUUAGCGGGAUUUCACCUUUUAACCGCGAAAUUUUCACCGAGAAAGACUUCGCACCGUCCUACGUGACAGACCGUCCCCCGGAUGAUUCGGCAACUACCGAUCCACAGAGAGCUCCGAGAACCUCGACGUCGACGCCAGCACCGCCGGAAGAUGUAGUCCGCGCCGAAACAUCCUUGGAAACGCUUUUCCCGUUACCGAAAGCCGGACCUCGUAGAUCAACUCGGAAAGGUAGGCCAAAAAGAUCGGCCGCAAUACUGACCGACGAGGCUAUGCGAGCAGCCCUUGUCGAGGAGCGGAAUCGCAGCGCAAGUCGUGGAAACAAGGGAACCAAGAAGAAACGACCCAACGGCCGAUAA